CCACCGUAAACACCAGCCACCAUUCUCCCUCUCCCUCUCCGCCUCCUUCCUCUCGGCGCUGCAGCAGUGCCAAAGCGAGCGAAAAAUGCCAAGCAUGACUCACAGCGAGGACAAUUAUUAUGAAAAGAUAACAUCAAUUCAGCAAAGCAUGAGUAAAAGGGAGAAGCGGAGGCUGGAACUGGAGAGAGAACUGUUCGCUUACUCCAGAUCUGAUAAAAGAACCUCACAGAUAAAGUGUUCCAAACUGCGCAGUUAUCUCAAGGAAAUCUCUGACAGGGAAGCACGAGCGAAAAUGAGAAACCUUGAGCUUCUGAGAGAUGUGGAGUGCAUAGAAAUCAGCAUGAAAGAAUAUAGUCCUGACCAUGGCCCCCUGCAACAACAACAGGCUGACUUUUUCAAAAAUGUUUCCAAAUGUAUGCAAGAAAAGAAGAAAAUGAAGAAAGAUCUUGAAGCAGCAAAGAUGAAAGCUGUGCGUAGAAAGCACCAAGACAGCUCUGUCUCUCAUGCAGCUAAGAAUUUUACACAAUCACCAGCAGUGAUUUUUAUGGACUACCAGACCUCCAGAGGGUCUGACGUUGAAGCUGGCACCACAAGUGUACACUCACACCAAGCAUUACAUCGUUCACCCAAUCACAGCAUGCAAUCCCGCGAACGUCUACCAAGUGGCCUUUUGAAGGACUUCAGAGUUGGCGGAGAGGAUGCCACCAGCAACCGAGCACAUUUAUCAGAUGACAUUUCAGGCUCAAACGAUUCCCCUGAUGGCUGUAAUUUGAGUGACAAACAUGAAAGAAUGAUGGCGGUGCUCCCAUCUGUUUGUGCCUUAACAGGCACAGCUGGCAGUGUGCCUUUUGGAAGUGAUGAUGAGCAAGAACCUUCACCUCUGGUGACCUUGACAGCGCCUGAGAAGAAUCCGUCUCCCAGCAGCCGAGGCCCCAUCAGGGCUAAGAAUUCCCCUGCAGACCACACUAACUCCCAAGAAGUGGCUCAUCAGCCACUCAUAAUGGAAGCUGGAGAGAGAGGUCUUAACCAUUUGAUGCCUGAAACCACUUUUGGAAAAGAAGCAAAAGACACACCAGGUAAAUGUGAAUGUGUCAGCACAGCAAGUUCUGAUGUGCAGUUGUCAGAGAGCAGUGCUAGUGACCUGUCCAUUUCCCUCACACAAUCUGAGCUGGAGGAGGAGGAUCUACCAGAGGGUGUGGAACCUAAGAGGAAUGCCACUUCUGGAGGGAGUGAAGAUCACAAUCAGCACAGUCCAGAAUCAUCCCUCCACUCUGAUGGGUCCAAGAACACAUCUUCAGCAGUGACCUUGGAAAGUCUCUCCCAGGAAGGACUCUUUAAUCUGCUCGACAGCAUCGAAGGACGAUUCCAUGAUGAGCGGACCAAUGUGUAUGGGGAUUCUUCAGUUGAUGAAGGACAACUCAAUAGACUUAUAAGCCUUUGUAACGCUGGAGCGGGCUUGAAUGACGAGGACCUUGAAGCAUGCGGAGCAGUCGUCCUUCAUGGGCUUCAGAGGUUGUCAUGGAGCACAGCAAAGGGAUGCCUGCUACCACAGGACCUAGUGAGUUCUCACCAGUCGAGCCCUGAGCCUAAUGAAAUAAGCACCAGCCUCCCUCCUGAUGCCGCUCGGCUGUGGGAUCGCUGGUUCAAGCACGCCCUUCUGCUCAAGGAGCGCCGUGUCCUCAACACUGAGCGCUUGGUCCAGCUGUUCACGCCGCUGCUGCUGGAGCGCCAUGCCACCUACAGCCACCAGGCCAAAGUGCUGCUGAGGACACUUCUGUCCCGGUCCAGUGAGGAGUGCCCCUCAGCAGAGGACAAGAGUGACUUGUCUUCUUCAUGUGGUCCUCCUUCUCUCCUAGCUGACUGUGAUGUGAAGCCUGCCAGGCCUGUACAAAGGCAAUGGAUUCAAGAACUACAAAGUACUGAAGAGGACAGCCAGGACGAAAGCCCUGUGGAAAGUGUUCCUAUUAGAGAGACAAAAGCAUAUCAGUUACUUAAACAAUCAGCCAUGCAGGAAAGGCUGCAGAGUUCUGAAGAGGAGGAGGACGAGUGGGAGGAGGAGGAGGAGGAGGAGGAGGAGGAUGGCCUCUCAGGAAUAAAUCAUGGCAAUGAAGAGGACCUGGGGAGGGCCAAACGCUCCUCACAUCAAGACCCUUACCCCCGGAGAGAGAAGACACACUCAAAGGCUCAUUCUGCUAUACGGUCAGAAGCUUUCUGGGGGGAAUCAGAUGAUAGCAACGCUGAGAUUGAAGCAGCCUUACGUCCUCAACCUUUCAACGCAAACAACGAUGACACUGAUGACUUCUAUGACUGAUAUUUCCCCAAGGAUAUUUUUUAAAUGCACUACAUUAUAUCGCUGCAAAAUUCCAGGCAGUUUGGCUCACAGUAAUUCACCCCCUGACCAUUAUUUUAGUGGUCUGCAUUAUAAAUCAUAUGCACACUGUAUCGUAAAAACAAAUAAUAAAGUUGACAGCUCUCACGCUGGGUAAAGUAUGUGAAGAGUUGUCCAACACUCUGAUGUUAACCCUGCUUCAGUCUCUUUAUCUGAACAACUCUCCCAGCUCAUAAUAACAGCUCGAAAUAGAUUAAACUGAUCUUUUAAAGCGAUUUGUUUGCACUAGGCUGAAAAUCAUGCAUUUUGAAUGCCGCAAGCAUCUCAGAGUGCUCUACCUCCAGCAUGCUCGAGUGUAGUGAUGUGAGUCACCUGUGAAAUGACAAAGCACAAUGGCCACUCCGCACGCUACUGCGCGCCCUGUGAACCUGCUGAAGAGGCCCAUCUCCCAGGGCACAAAGUGUUAUAGCGCUAACAAACUCAGAAUAUUUAGUCCCUCCAGCAAAACGCGCUACACAUAUUUUCACAGCUGCUUCUUUAAUAAAUGUGCUAAUGUUAAAGAAAUACAAAGACAUAUGUCUAAAUUCCUCUGCAGUAUUGUGCAGAUGAGUAACGACUGGCAGAAUUGUUGCUGAAACCACACAAAAGACUCUUCUGCAAUUUAUCAUUUUGCAGCACACUGAACGUUCUCUAUCUAUUAAUAACUCAGAGCUACUGUGUGGGAGGAUACAUUCCCAAGUUUACAUUUAUAGUUCAUUAUGUCUGUAGUGUAAAUUUCCAAAACUGCGAUUCUGGAAUGUGGUAAAAGCCCCUGGCAUUCAGUGUCAGCAGGAUUCCAUUAGUCAGCUUUAGGUGACUUUACAUGCCUGAACCUUUUAAAGUAGGACUCCACAUUCAUUACCAAUAAUGGCUUCAGACAGCCCUGACCCACCACAGAAAAGGGACUGUGGCAGAAUAAUUUGGAGUUUGCUAAAAGGCUCCCUAACAUAAUAUCCAUGUUAAGGAGCAUGUCAACAGAUACUUGUGUGCGACAGAUAGCUCAUGGUGGAAGUGGAGUUAUAUUUUACUAAUGUGUACUAACACAAUAACAUUUUUAAAAAGAACUUUUUCUGAUUCCGUGCCAGACAGACGAUGGUGAUGAUGAUAUUCAGCUCAUUCUUUUUUUUAGAGCCUGUGUAGUCAAACUGUCAUGGGAGGAUGUGUAAGGUUUUAUUUUGCAGUUAAGGGGUAUUAUCCACGCAGUGACUGACUCAAUUACACUGUCAGCUUUGCCACAUUACUUGAUCUAUCAUGUUCAGGUUGACAUUAGCUCCACUCUAACAGCAGUGGUUUAGUGAAGAUGAUCCAUGUUUAUGUUGAUUUAACAGAUGGAUAUACAUGAAAAUUGCCUCAAGAAUGAGGGAUGCUGGAAAAUAUAUAUUUUUGAUGACUGUCCCACAAGACAGCUUUUGAUUUUAAUGCAGAAAAGCAUUUUCUCUUUUAAUUUUGCUCCCAAACACUUUGUCAAAUUCUGAUUAUACUCAAAAUGAUUAAUAGUUCCAAAUUAGGGGUGCUUUUCUUAACAAUGGCAAAUGUUGAUACUGGUGACUCUGAUGGAAAUUGUUCCCGGAAACUGGCAGGAAAAUGUUUUUAAGGUUCAUUUGAUUCUUAUUUUCACAUACUGACAAAUAGAUAGCAUGUAAAGAUAUGCCACAAAGUCAGUCUCCUUUUUCAGGUCGUCUGGGUGCUUUCAUAUUAAAGCUAAAGAGAGGUUUUUGCUUUUUUAUGCAUGCUUUGCAAACAUGUCCAUUAUUAAUGCUUUUAUAGUAUGAUUGUAGCAGAGAUUUUGUAAGAGUCGACAUGACUGACGUUGGAAUGGGUUGAGAAAUAUAUGGGUGCGUGUAGACUCAGUUUCUCGUGUGUUUCUAUAAAAUGAGAAACUCAAGGCUCGUCUCUAUCAAAUGUGAAGGUAUCACAAAUCUAGACUCAACUGUCCUUGAUCACAAUAAUAACAUGUCAGCUAAAGUGUAAUAUUCAAAUUAUUCCCACUGGUUCAAUGUGAAACCAAAGGGCAGAGAGAUUGCUUGACUGCAAAGACAUUUCAUUUUCAGAUGAAAAUAAAAAGUACAAUCGUUAUGACAAGGAAACCUAAACAGAACAUCGGUGAGGAGCAAUGUCAGACUUACAGAAUGUUUCAAUUCAGAUUCUCUUUCCUUGAGGAACUUUGCCAAAUUUACUUCAUAUUAGCAACCACAUGUGCUCCAGGAGACUUUUUAUUCAUCAUUGGCUUGAAAAUUGAAUCGGUAACUAUUUAGACUGAUGUUUUGUAUCCGUAAUAACUUUUAAUGCUCUGAUCUGUAACUCUUUCACUUGCAGUUGGAAAAGGCCUUAAAAUUAGUCAGCAUAACAAUAACAUGCACAACAACCAUGUCUAUUGGUAAGAGUGAAUGAGUGAAUUCAUCUCAUGUUUUCACUGAAUGCUGUGACUCACUCUUUAUGUGCCCAUAGAGCUCUACUUCUUUAACAGAGGUCACAGUCUGACGCUGUGCCUGUUUUGCUUAGAUGCAGAAAUACAGUGUCUGUAAAAGUAACCUGUUGGUGUGUGUGACAACAGAGCAAACAACAUUUCAGUGCUGAUAUAACAGGAAAACACACACACAAACCAGCUACCAGACAGCAAUGAGAUAGUGAAGAUAGCAAGAUGGUGGCUUCCAGUGUAUUUAGUUAACUGCAUAAAGUAAAAUCUGAACUGGACCAUCUUUAUCUCAACCUCCCUUGUCUAAGUCUUCUUAGGGGCAAUGUGUAAGAACAGGCCAACUGUUAAAUUCAUACUCCAAACAAAUAGGGGGCAGCAUAUUACCAGAUAGUUGGAAUGUCCACUCCUGUCAUAAGAAAACAAACAAAUACACACUUUGGUCCUUCCUCCCCCCUCCCCUGUGCCAUAGUCAGAUCGGCCAUUGGCCGUACCUGGAUCGAUCCUGGCAGGCCUCCGAAUCGGUGGAGAGUGAAAGCGUGCUGCAUGUGUGUUCCAGGACGGGGCUCACUGGCCACUCACAACCACGUUUCCACCCUCACCCUCACGUAGAGCUAACGUUAGCUUGAAAUAGGGGUGUCACAAUAUAACUAUUGACGAUAACAGUGACAUUUUAAAAAUGAAAUAUUGAUAUUAUGGUAACAAUGCACAUAUGAUAAUACUGUGAUGGUAGAUGUUAAGCCUUGUGGAUCUUUUGUUUAUCAGUUCAUAUCUGGUUUCCCUUUCACUAUCCAUUGAGUGUAAUUGUUCUUUUUGUCCGCUUUAGCACAGUUGUGGUGACAGACUUUCUCUCCACCUCACUCCACUUGUAUUUGAAUCCAAUUCAAUGCAAUAAACAAAGUUAAUGAUGAA